GGGUACUUAUUUUUUGAUUCUUUUUGUUAAAAUUGUUCACUUUCAAAUUUUCUCAUAAACAUUAGACUAACCCACCGCCGAAAAUAUGAGUCAUUCAAUUCGUGAUUCGUGAAUUUCCUUUCUAAUUUGUUCCAACUUCUCCCUGCUGUCAAAUUCCCCCUCCCUAUUCCUUUCCUAAUUCCCGCCUGAAUCCGAACUUACCAUGGAUGCCAAAUCUGUGGCUCCUUUCAUUAAUGGAGACACCUCCAUCUUCUUCACUAACCCAAUCAUGUCGAAUCAUGGUCAAAGCAAUAUCUAAUUCUUAGGUAUGGAAUUUUUGAAAAUCAAUUUUUAAUUUACUACCACUAAUGUGUUCAUUGUGUAUUUGUGUGGAAAAUUGCCCAAUUUCAGUUUUGUUUGAAGAAAUUAAAAGGCAAUGAAUCGAAUCUUAACUGUUCGCUGUCAAUUAAAUGCAAAACCGAAAUUGGAAUUGUAUAGAAAAGCAAUUAGAUUUUCAAACCAUAUGCAAGCGCAGAAAUCAGUGGAAAAAAUCGAGGAAGAAGACAUUUUGAGUGGUGAAAGCAUAGAAAAUGGGGCAUUUUGGACUAGAAAGAUUCAUAAACUAUGCAUUGAUGGAAAUGUUGAUAAGGCCCUUCGUCUGUUGGGUCGCCUUCGCCUCCAUGGAUAUCGUCCACACUCGCUAAAUCUAAGCAGUAUAAUCCAUGCCCUUUGUUGGUCCCAACGCUAUGCUGAGGCUCAUCAGCGGUUCCUAUUCUUUAUUGCUUCUCAAUGCAUCCCGGAUGAGCGCACUUGCAAUGUUCUCAUUGCUCGAUUACUUGAUUCUCGUACUCCACAUGUUACAUUUCAUUUGGUUCGACAAUUGAUCAAUGUAAACCCCGAGUUUGUUCCCUCUUUGAUGAAUUAUAAUCGUUUAAUUGAUCAAUUUUGCAAACUCCCAGAGCCUCGUGUAGCUCAUAGAAUUUUGUUUGAUAUGCUUGAUAGGGGUCAUUGUCCUACUGUUAUUUCCUACACUACUUUGAUUAACGGGUACUACACGUAUGGUGAAAUGGGCGCAGCAUUUAAGGUUUUUGAUGAGAUGUCUGAGAAGGGUGUAACCCCUAAUUCGUUGACUUAUAGUGUUUUGCUUGGUGGGGUUUUGGUCAAUGGUGAUGCACAGCUCAGGAAGGACUUGAUGAGUAAACUCUGGGAGCAGAUGAUAAAUGUUGAUAAUCCCUCAAUCAACUGUGCUGCCUUUGCCAAUCUUAUUAAUUCUUUGAGUAAGGAAGGAUAUUUUGAUGAAAUUUUCGAAAUUUCUGAGGAUAUGCCUCAAGGUAGUAGUAUUCCUACGGAAUUUUCUUAUGCUCAAAUGGUAGAUUCUUUGUGCAGAGCUGGUAGGCAUCAUGGGGCAUCAAGGAUAGUGUAUAUAAUGAGAAAAAAAGGUUAUAAACCAAGCAUGGCAGCAUAUAAUUCUAUCAUUCACGGAUUAAGCAAGGAUGGGGGAUGUAUGAGGGCUUUCCAACUAUUUCAAGAAGGAAUUGAAUUUGGUUAUGUUCCAUCUGAAUAUACGUACAAGAUCUUGGUAGAAAGUCUUUGUCAAGCUGGUGAUAUAUACAAGGCAAAGGAGGUACUGCAAUAUUUUCUCAAUCAGAAAACUGCAGACCAAACAAGAAUCUAUAAUAUCUAUAUCAAAGCUCUUUGUUUUAUCGACAAUGCAACGGAGCUCCUAAACACGCUUAUUUCCAUGCUUCAGGCGCAAUGUAAGCCUGAUUUGAUCACUCUAAAUACUGUUAUUAAUGGGUUAUGCAAGAUGGGAAAGAUUCAUGACGCUAUGGAAGUAUUUAAUGACAUGAUACUUGGCAAAUUUUGUGCACCUGAUGUCAUAACAUUUACUACUAUUAUUCGUGGGUUAUUGAAUGCUGGAAAAACCAAAGAAGCUCUUGUUCUGUUGCAUGAGAAAAUGCCUGAAAGACAUCUUGUACCAAGUGUUGUAACUUAUAAUGCUGUUAUUCAAGGGUUAUUUAAGCUUCAAAAGGCUAAUGAAGCUAUGGAGAUUUACAGAGCCAUGGUUCUCCAAGGUGUGAUUGCUGAUAGCACCACACAUACUAUUAUCAUUGAUGGGCUUUGCGAGGCUGGUAGUUUAGAUGAGGCCAAAAGAUUUUGGGAUGAAAAAAUAUGGCCCUCCAAGAUUCAUGACCACUUUGUUUAUGCUUCCAUUCUGAAAGGGUUUUGCCGAUUGGAUAGAUUCGAUGAGGCUUGUGACUUCUUAUAUGAACUAGUAGACUGUGGGGUGUCACCUAAUAUUUUCAACUACAACAUUUUACUUGAUACCGCUUGUAACUUGGGUUUGAAGAGGCAAGCUUAUCAAAUAGUGGGAGAGAUGAGGAAGAAUGGGUUAUCUCCAGAUGCUGUCUCUUGGAGGAUCCUUGACAAAUUACACAAAAAUUCACAACUAUAAAAACAAGUGAAAAAUAUACAUGCUGAUGUGGAAACUGCUGAGGGAAGGAUUUCAGAAUAAAAGUAGGCGGAGAUAUGAAAAUGCUAUCAUCAGUUUUUGCUUCUGGACGGAAGAAAUGAAAAUGAAAGGCUUUCAGCUCAUAUAUGUGUAUCUCUGACCAAAGUCUGAAGGGUUUUGCAUCAUUGAUCGAAUCAAGAAACAUAAUAGUGUGCCCCCAUCUGCUCAGAGAAGGGCUAUUAGAGGGCCGACUUGUUCAACAAUUCUUCGACUGAAGUUCAUAGAUGCCCAAUAUUUGUUCAGAAAUCUGUAAUCUAUUACACUGGCAGAUGUAAUGAAAUUGUUCCGAUUUAGAUGGAAUGGGCACAAGUGAAUUUAGGUAUAUUUAUCCUUGAGGAAAUCGUUACUUACUUUUUUAAGUAUUUUAUGCCCAAUAUUUCAAUCUAUAAUCUUUUUUGUAUCAUGUCACAUUCAGAAAGUUAACGUUUCCUAUGAUAAAUGUAGAUGAUCGGAUACUCAAUAUCCCAUGUAUUUGGGAUCAUUGUUUAGACAUUUUGUUGAUUUGAUAGCCUAUGCUCAUUUAUACAUGUAAACGUUAAACACAUUUUGAUGUUGGACGUAUUUUUCAACAAUCAAGUGGUCAUGACUCAAUACUAUGUAUAACUCUACAACUGAAACCAAUCUCCAGUGCAAUUUGAAAGUACAAGUGUACGUAACUUUCAGAGAGCAACCUAGAAAAUAUUUCUCCCUUUUGGUCUCAAAAAAUAGCAAAAAAAAAAAAAAAAGAAAGGAAAAAAAAACAGUAUUAAAAUAAUAGAAUGUUGAUGGUGGAAAAGUUGAAAAUUUGAACUCAAUCUAAAACCUUAGGUGGAGCUACUAAGGUCCUAUUUAGUUCAACUAAUUUUUACUGAUUUAAUUGAUUUUUAAAGAAAACUAAUUUUUACUAAUUAUAAUUAAUAUUAUUGA